AUAUCCACCGUUGUUGCAUUGAAAUGCGCAGUACCUUCUAUAUAUUCAGUGAAAAGUAAUAAAAUAGAAAGAAUAUUAUAUGUACCGCGAUCCUAUUGAUUUUGACUUCCAAAUUAUAUUCAGAAUUUCGUUAUCCAUGUUAUAAAAAACAUAACGAAGUUAAAUUAAUCAUGUUACAUACCCGUUAAAAUGAUGUACUCGUUAAAUGGAAGCAACGUGAAUACUCUCGUUUCGACGUUCUUCCAACAAUGAACAUUGAAAAGCACGGUCCGUUGGUAGUUUUAACACAGUCAUAGUCAGCUGAUAGGUAGAACGCAUGCGUCGUAGAAAGGGACAGAAAAUUCCAGUUACUCCUUGUUGAUUAAAGUACGUACGAAUGGUACGCAUUUGUUGGCCAAUUAUUAAAUGAUCGAUAGCCGUACAUCGUGUUUAGUUCACGUACGUUCUCUUAUUUAGCUUCACUAAAAGCAGCCUUCUAUACCAGUGCGUAUAAAGGUUGCUCCUUAAACAGGCAAUUAAUAAGUACGCUCUUGUGAUUUUUCAAAUAAAAUUGAAAGCAGUCACGAUGAGGCUGCAUUACGUUUUGCUCGUUAUUUUUCUUUACGCCGCUGGAUCACUAGCAGAUUCCCUUUCAUGUACACAUACAAAUGCACAUGUAUCAAAGAACUGGUUAGAUAUGAAAGCAAAAUGUGUAAAGAAGUUAGAGGCUCAGGUUCAAGUUGAAAUUGAUGCUUCCUUGACUUAUCUUGCAAUGGGUGUUUAUUUUGCUCGUGAUACUGUCAAUCGUCCUGGAUUUAGUAAAUUCUUUCUGAAUGCUGCCAAGGAAGAAAGAGAGCAUGCAAUAAAAAUCAUUGAGUACCUGAUAAUGCGUGGACAAUUAAAUGAAAUAAAAGUCCAUAUAAAACAUCCAAAACCAGAAAAGCAAGAAUGGAAUAGUGGUAUGGACGCCCUGAAAUCUGCUCUUGACUUAGAAGUAAGUGUCACAAAGGAUAUCCGUAGCAUUGCAAAAAUAUGUGAAGAAACAGAAAAGUUCAAUGAUUAUCAUUUGGUUGACUACCUCACUGUAGAUUUCUUGGAUGAACAAUACAAAGGACAACGUGAUCUCGCUGGUAAAAUCUCAACUCUAGGUAAAAUGGAGGGACACAGUGAAUUAGGAGAGUUCUUAUUUGACAAAAAACUUUUGAAUGGCGAAGUUUAAUUUGUUUUUUAUCAAUGAAGUUUUAUUUCGAUAAAUGUGUAAUGGCCAUAUUUAGAAUGAAACAAGUAACUUAGUUCUGUUUAAUUUUACAUUAAUACAUAAACAAAAAAAAUAUA